GGCCCAUACACCCUUCAGCUCCUGGACUGGUAUAUAAGUGCUUUAUCAGUCUUUCUGUUCUGCACACUGGAAUGUGUUACCGUGGUCUAUAUCUAUGGAGUGAAGCAGAUGAGCAAGGAUGUUGAGAUGAUGAUUGGAAAACCACUUCCGAUCGUCGUAAAGAUCUUUUGGGCUUUCGUCAUACCAGCAGUGCUCCUUACUGCCUUCAUCCUGACACUCCUUCAGUACCAACCGCCGACCUACGGCAAGUACACCUUCCCCGGCUACGCCAGCAUCAUCGGCUGGUUCAUCGCCUCUGUGUCCAUCAUCCCAUUGCCAGUUUAUAUGAUUCUGGCUGUGAAGAAGCAUAUGGCGUCACAUACGUUCAGACAGAGUAUCCAAAUGGCUCUUCGCCCCGAGGAUGUGUGGCGUCCUUCUGAUCCCCUGUACAGGGGGAAGUACCGAGACAACCUUGUACAUACACAGUAUUCCUUGAAGGACCAUAUGACAAGUGUGUUUACAAAGUAACAUGUCAGUGA